UGAAAAUGGCUACAUUGUAGACCGAAUGCAAACGCGUGUAACAUUGUUAUUAAAAUAUUUAUUGAUACCGGUCGAAGCCUCGAAGUUGGUUCUACCUCCCCAAGUCCAAGACCAACAUAUCCCUUACGAUGGAAAUCCAGAACACAGGCAGUUACCACCUACUGAAUGCAUGUCCUCUUCUCUAUUUUCUGAUGGAAAGAGGGAAGGAGGAGGGAUGUUGGAGCCAAAUGUCCUCCUUCCUGACCAGGGCAAUAGUCCUCUGGAGGUGAUGCAUCUAAUAAACCAGCAGUGUGAGCGGCUACUUCACCCUGUAGGGCUGGGAGAUAAAGCAACAGCGGGCUUCAUGACUCUAUCCACCCAUUUCUGCCCAGAGAAAUUCCAGCACCUAAACUCCACCAGCAGCGAAGUUGUUGAGGGGUUGAUAUGUGGUGGAGAGGAGGACCCUCGUUCCUCUUCCUGCCCCUCACACAAUGCCAACAAAAUCAGCCAUGAUGAUGUGUUUGAAAGACGAAACGGUGCCGCUGCUGUGGAGGAAGAAGAGACUGUUGAAGGGGUCACAGCAGGGCCCACCACACCAGAUGAGGCUGUGAAGUCCUCCACGGUCGAACCAGAAGAUCCACAGCAAGUAAAUUUAUCAGACCACAACUACAGCUUCUUGGUCAGCACAGAAUGCACUACGGGGGCGUCCUCCUCCUGCCUGGAAGAUCGUGUGGAAUUGUUGUGUGCAGAGGUGGUGGAGGAGACUAGUAGCACAGUACUGUCAGAUUGUCGACCUACGUCGGGGUCUACGUUGGACCAAGUGGGCGGUAAAGCCUCCCAGAGCCCUCCAGGAAAGGAGGGUGAUGUACAUGAACCGAGCCCCCACAGCCUAUCAGGAAAGGAUGGUGAACAGGAAGCGAGCCCCCAGAACGCUUCAGGAAAAGAGGGUGAAGAACAUGAACGGACCCCCCACAGCCUAUCAGGAAAGGGUGGUGAUGUACAAGAACCGAGCACCCAGUACCCAUCAGUGAAGAAGGGUGAUGAAAAUGAAGUGAGCCCCCAGCGCCCAUCAGGAAAGGAGGGUGAAGAACAUGAACCGAGCCCCCAGUGCUACUCAGGGGAGGGGGAUGACAAACAGGAAGUGAUCCCUGAAAGCCCAUCAAGAGAGGGCGGUGAUGAAUAUAAACCAAACCUGGAAAGCCCAUCAGGAAAGGGGAGUGAGGAACAUGAACCGAGCCCCGUAAGCCCAUCAGGAGAGUCGGGUGAUGAACCAAGCCCCAUCUGUAUGUCCAUGGAGGCCGCCCUGAGCCUCGACGCUGACCCGAGCCCCCAGAGCCUAUCAGGAAAGGGGAGUGAUGAACAGGAAGCAAGCCUCCAGUAUCCAUCAGGAGAGGCGGGUGAUGAACCAAGCCCCAUCUGUAUGACCAUGGAGGCCGCCCUGAGCCUCGACGCUGACGAGGGGAUUGAGGCAGACCCUGAAUGGUCCCUGGACUACAACAACAACAACAACGACGACUACAACAACAACAUGGAACUGCAAGACCCUGAAUGGUCCCUGGACUACAACAACAACAACAACGACGACUACAACAACAACAUGGAACUGCAAGACCUGCCAAAGACGACGCCUCCCGCUGUACACGAGCAGACGGGGGGAGGAGAGAUUGCCAUCGCAACGCCAAAGCUCAGCUCAACCACUGCCCAGGCUCACAGCCCACACAACCAGGGAGGUCUCGAGGAGGACUGCACUGCAACACAGGGAGACGCUGAGGCCCCAGAGCCAGAGCCGGAGCUCAGCCACAGCCAGCAGCCAGCCGCUGAGUCCCCAGAGCCAGAGCCGGAGCUCAGCCACAGCCAGCAGCCAGCAGCUGAGGCCCCAGAGCCAGAGCCGGAGCUCAGCCACAGCCAGCAGCCAGCAGCUGAGUCCCCAGAGCCAGAGCCGGAGCUCAGCCACAGCCAGCAGCCAGCAGCUGAGUCCCCAGAGCCAGAGCCGGAGCUCAGCCACAGCCAGCAGCCAGUCCGGGCGCCCAGGAAGCAGGCGCGGCCAUCGCGCAGCGUGGACCCCCAUGACCCCGACCUUCAGGGGGUGAUGUUCAGGAUGACCCCUCGGCUGGAUGAGGACAAGCAGUGUCGUCUCCUCAUCUCCUCAAACUAUGUGUACAGGCACAGCAGUAAGGAGUUGCCAGCCAGAGGCUGCAAGCGCAGGCGUUUGGCCAAAGAAGCGAGCAGCUCGGAGGAAGAAGAGGCAGACGAGGAAGGUGGCGACUCCAACAGCAGCAGCCUCUCUACGGUGACUAAAACAUGCGCAUCCUGCUGCACCAGAAAAACUCCCCUCUGGAGGGACGCGGAGGAUGGGACGCCCCUCUGCAACGCCUGUGGAAUCAGGUACAAGAAGUACCGGGUGAGGUGCACCGGCUGUUGGCACAUCCCCAGGAAAGACACCAAGUCCAAGGUCAACUGCUUCAAGUGCGGGGAUGUGUUGCGGUCCAGUGCCCAACAUAAACGGGGUGAAUGGCGGAUUGGAUUGGAUCGGAGGAUAAAGGCCACGUUGGAUGUGGAGCGGAGGCACUCCACAGCUGGUCUGCGCUUGUCUUGAUUUCCUUUAUUGUCCACGUUUGGCUGCACUUCAUAAGGAGAGGCCUGAUGUUCGACGGUGGGGGCCCCCCAGUGGGGUUGCACGUUGUUCAAGAUACAAAUAUUGAUGAGUGGAGGUGCAAAACGCACACCAGAAACAGAGGUGCUGGCAACCAGAAAAUA